AUGGAAGUUGGGGCAGUGAAACAGGCCUUUAAUAAUGAGGUUAUUAAUUUAAAGAAGAAUUUAAAUCAAGCAAAAAUUCAAACUAUUCAUAAGUUAACCAGGAAAGCGAAAACUUUUACAGAAAGAAAAAUUCCAGAAGCUAUAAAAGUAAAACUUGAACGGAAGGCAAAAUCAGCUGUAAAUGAAGUCUUAAUAAUAAAGAAACUUAAGCCUCGAGACAUUGCAAGAUUUACUUUAACUCAUUCAGGCAAACUCAGUGACUAUCUUAACAAAUCAGAUGUUGAUCAAAACAAAGCAUGUGCUAGACUUCUAUUACAUAAAGCUUUACAAGAAAAGUAUAAAAUGAUAAGAGAAAGAUUUGGAAAUCUUUCUAUUGAUGAUUUGCUGAUGUCAAGACAAGAACGUAAGAAGCUUAAAAAAGAUUUGAGAGAUAAACAAAAUGAAAAAAGAAAAGCUAAAAUAAAUAAAGAAACCAAAGUAGAAAAAGAAAUGGAAGUCAAUGAUGCCUCCAACUGGAUUCAACCAAGUUUGGAUGUAGAAAUAAUGAAUGAUUGUAUAGACAAAGCUUCAGAACAUGAUAGUAGUGAUGAUUCUGAAAUUUGUGGAAAUAAAAAUAUUUCUAGUGAGCCUUAUCUAAGUGAUGAUGCCAAAAUGGAUUUAAAUAAUGAUGUAGGGAAGUUUAUCAGAGCUCCACCUGAUGAUUCCGAUAUUAGUGAAAUUGAAAAUAUAUCUAGUGAGCCUAAUCUAAUAUUUGAAGAAGGUGUUUCUCACACCCAUAGCUCGAACAAUAAUGAUAGUGAUGAUGGCAAAAUGGAUGUAAAUAAUGAUGUAGGGAAGUUUAUCGGACUUCCACUGGAUGAAGAUAGUAUUCAGAGUCCUCAAAAAAAUUAUUUAAUUAAAGGAAAAAAUGUAAUCCAAGAAAAAACUACCCCAAAAGCACAAGGUAGAAAUCCAAAAUUAGAUAUUAAAAUUGAGAAGGUAGAUAAACGAAAGGAGAAUAAAAAUAAAAAUAUCAAUGAGAAGAUUUUAAAUAGGAAUUUUAAGAAAAAAACUGAAGAUAUGCCAGAAAUAGUUAAAGUGGUUGAUCCCUUCUUUGUAACCUCAACCGGAGAUAACUAUUUAUCUCUUGCUGAGCCCAGAGCACCAGAUGAAAUUAAGGAAGCACAUAAGCAAGGGAAUAGACAAUAUAGAAGAGCGAUUAUGUUUGGACAUGUUCCUAAAAUUAAACCGAAAAAGAAUAAUUAUGAAAAGUUCAAUCAAAACAAUUCUAAAUUUAAGCAAAAUAGUUUUAAUAGCACAAGUGACAGUCAAUUUAACAGAAAAGGUAAAUCAUUUAAUAAUACUGUUAAUGAAAGUAAUAAAAUUGAAGAAAAACCAGAGAAAUUACAUCCAUCAUGGGAAGCAAAGAAAAAACAUUCAUCAAUAUUACCUUUCCAAGGUAAGAAAACUGUUUUUGAUGAUAGUUAA